AGUAACAUUAGCUCCGCCGCUGGGUCUUGUUUUCAUGAGGGAGUGAAGAAGCACGUAAGCUGUAUUUGACAAUUUACAACACGAUUGGUUUUCCUAUAUAUGUAUAAAAGGGACCAUCGAGGAGCUGUGCGGGACGGGGCGGGGACAAUGGCUUUGGGAGCCGGAGCCCGAGCCUGAAGGGGCCGGGCGCGACUGAGCUGAGCCGGAGCUGGGUGGGGAGGUCGUUGGUGUGGUGCCUUCCCAAAGCUGAGCUCUCGCUCUCCCCCGGUUGGCGCCAGGCCACCGACCCGGCAGCUGAGAACCCACUCCAGGGAAAUCCACACCCUGGGGAAGCGCGCUAGGCUCGCGAACCCCGGCUCGAGGAUCGUCGGGAACGCGCACGUCUGGACGCCGCCACGGAGAAUGCUGCUGUUCCUGCAACUGUCGUGGCUAGUGCGGGAGCUCACCGCAGAGAGUCCCUGGGGGCUGCCUGUGGUAGCUGAUGGCCCAGCUUCCUUAGCAAAAGUGGUAAUGGCAGAACUGGCCGACCUGAAGUUAGAAAACAAGCCAUGGCCUGGAGGGACACACUCUCUCCACUACCACUACCUGGCCCUGUCAGAGCCAGGCCCAGGCCUUCCUCAAUUUCUGGCUGUAGGCUACAUGGAUGACCAGCCCUUCAUCCAUUAUGACAGUCAUGUGGACAGAGCCAAGCCUCAGGCCCCAUGGAUGGCAGCUAUGGACGCCCAGUACUGGGAAACAGAGACGCAGAAGCAGAGGGCCUGGGCACAGGUGCAGCAGGUGGAGACAUGGACUGUGAUGGGCUACCACAACCAGAGCAGUGGUAUGCACAGCACUCAACGAGCGUUUGGUUGUGAGAUCCAGGAGGACGGCCAUACCAGCAGCUUCUGGCAGUUUGGCUUUGAUGGGCAGGACCACCUGUCACUGGACCUGGAGACUCUGCGUUGGGUGUCAGCCAAGCCUGUGGCUGUGCAGACCAAGCGCUGGUGGGAGACAGAGCGCUGCUAUGCCGAGUAUGACAAGGCCUAUCUGGAGGGCCUCUGCCUCACUUCCCUGCGCAGGUACCUGGAGCUGGGAGGCCAGAGCCUCACCCGGAAAGAGCCUCCCACAGUGCAGGUGACAAGACACACAGCCGACGACGGUGGCAUCACACUGAGGUGCUGGGCCUGGGGCUUCUACCCACGGGACAUCUCGUUGAGCUGGUGGCUGGGGGAAGAGGAGCUGGUUCAAGAGACUGAGUAUGUGGAGACACGCCCCAGCGGAGACGGUACCUACCAGACAUGGACGGCUGUGCGGGUGCCAGCCAGGAUGGUGAAUGAGUACAUUUGCCAUGUGCAGCACUCCAGCUUGAACCAUACUCUCACUGUGGCCUGGGAAGCACCCUCUCAUCAGUGGAUAACCAGUGCCAUGGUUCUCUCCAUCUUCACCAUCACUUUCUUGCUGGUGGCUGGAAUUUUGAUCUUCAUCAAGCAAUACUCUCAAGCCAGGAAUAAGGAAUCUUGCAAACAAGCCCCAGAUGGAGAGGAGCCUCAUAAUUCCCAAAGCCCAAUCAUCAUGGAGGCUGCUCAGCUGCUCUGCUGACACAAGUUCACUGUCACAGAUCAAGGAAGUGUUUUAUAGUGUUUGGGGGCCUCCAGCAUGCUAGCUGGCUGGCAGUGGUGAUCCAACUGUGAAGGGCCCACCGCACCCCAAAACAGCCCUCCUCAGCUCCAGCCUCAUCACAAGAAGUCUGGGCCACUAAGAUAGAUUUGCCAUCUUCCUGAAGUCCUUUUAAAAGUAAUGGUCUCCAGUUUGGAGGGUGGGAAGGAGGGCAGUAUAAUUCCACAGAUCGGUUCACACUUGACAAUUUGCACAAUAAUUUCAUGUUAAGUGUAAAUCCCACUUGAGCUUCUCAGGUACUCUGUGAGUUCAGUGGUGGUAUUCUCACCUCCAAUUCCCCAACAUGAAAACCAUAGCCACGGGAAGUUAAAGAAGAACCAGAAGAACAGUCAAAGAGUUAUGGGGGCAGCAUCCUGCAUCCAUCUGCUGGCAGCUGGAAGAAGUGGCCAAAUGCCUACCUCCUUUUAUAAGUGUGUUCUUGUGUGUAUGUAAAUUUUCUUUUAUAAAGAAGUUUGAAAUGUUG